AUGACUCUGGAGAAUUAUUUGAUAGAUGAAGAUGGGGCUGGAGACCAUUUUCCAGUGGGUAUGCGUGUUUUGCUUGUUGACGAUGAUCAACUUUGUCUCGAAGUGUUAGGGAACAUGCUUCGCAAAUGCCAGUAUCAGGUUACUACAACUAUUCAGUCAAUUGAGGCAUUAGAUAUGUUGAGGACAAAUAGAAAUAUGUUUGACCUCGUUAUUACCGACGUAAAUAUGCCACACAUGGAUGGACUUAAGCUACUAGAGAUAGUGGGACAUGAAAUGGACAUACCUGUCAUAAUGUUGUCAGAAUUGAGUGAUAUAGAGGUCGUGAAGAAAAGUGUUAUACUUGGCGCAUGUGACUAUAUAAUUAAACCUCCUCGAAUCCAAGUACUGCAGAAUAUAUGGCAACAUGUAGCGCGAAGAAAGAUUGAUUGCAAAGGUCAAAAUACGCACUUCAAUGAGGAGAAAGCAUGCAAUAUAGCGGGGGAAGGUAGUCAAAGUAUCACAUUAGAAAGUAAUGCUGACCAUAAUCAAAUGCAUGGUAAGAAAAUGAAGGAACCGUGUGUGGAAGAAGAAAAUGGUGAAAUGAAUGCAAAAGAGAAUGAGGAACCUUCAAAUCAAAAGAAGCCUCGUUUAAAAUGGAAUGAUGACUUGCAAACAAAAUUUCUUGCUGCAGUCAAUUCACUGGGCAUUGAUAAGGCAGUUCCUAAGAAAAUACUUCACUUGAUGAAUGUUGAAGGUCUUACAAGAGAAAAUGUAGCAAGCCAUCUACAGAAAUACAAACUUGGCUGCCUCAAGAAGACAACUCAACAAGCUAGCAUGGUUGCUGCGUCGCGUUGUAGUGAUUCUUACGUGCAAAUGAAUUCAAUAGAUAGAUAUGGAAAUUUUGACACCUCAUUUGGAUCAAGAAGAAUCGAUCCCUCUGCACCGGUCCAAUCUAUUGAGACACAAAAUAUAAACAACUCCAUAGAAACACUUGGAAACAUCCAGCCGUGCAUGUUUUCUGCAAAUCAAAGCUCAAGUUUAUCACAGGGAAUUCCAAACUCAAUCGAGUUUAACCAAUUUCAGCAGAGCAACUAUAUAACUAGUUUUGAGCAGUUUAGUUCAAUUGAUGGGUCAAAUGGAUAUGUGGUUUCCUCUAACUUUCCUGGCAAUUCUUCACUUUUGGAUGAGGUUUUAUAUGAAGAUCAACUGCCUCUGAAUAGCUUGAAGUUUUCCUCCUCUAAUUCUCAUAUAGGGAACAAUCCAGUUGAUUUUUCUUCCACAAGUGCUAUUGGUAUUCCUUUGGAGGAUGCUAGAGGGGAGCUGCAAUGCAAAGAAGGCUUACUUGACAAUAUCUUAAAGGAUUCAAGCAAAAAGAGAAUUGAUGCAUCCUUGGUUGGCCAACUGAGUGAGGCUGCUCCAUCAAUCACCCAAUCCACAAAAGUUGAUAAAUCCUAUUUAGAUGCAGGAAUGAAGUCAAAUGAUGCCUACAUUUUGCAGCCCCAAGAAGAACUCACCGAGGAGGAUAUUUUUGGUACUUUACAUGACAUAGUGAGUGAUAUUGGUUAA